AUGACGGAUCAAUCAAUUUUUGGUCGUUUUCAGGCGAAUGACGUUCCGUACGUGGCCUUUCGAGACGAUAACGAAGAUCCCGAAGAAGAAUUUUCAGAAAGCUUGGUUCUGCGUCCAACACCGAGUACUUCGUCACGGACUGCACCUUCAACAUUCCAAAAUUUUACUACAAACAGGCAACAACGUUAUCAGCAUUUGCCUGAGGACGAUGAAAUUGAAGAAGACUCUGAUCAAGAGAGUAAUGAGGCACCCGCUUCAUUGAUAGUAGAGAUGCCUCAGCAGCGCAGCAAAAAGACUCACCCAAGCCCAAGACCAGGAAUGAACAUACGAGAAUUAACAAUACUUGUUUUUUGA